CGAUAGGUGCGGCCUUCGUACCUACACCAUGGGAACCAAAAACAAACGUCACAAAGCAAGUGCAGACUACCGUCCCGAGGGGAGAGAUCGGCACAAUGAGUGAUCCAUCAGAAAGCGCAUUGAUCAGGAAGUAUAUAUUAGACAAAGUGAAGAGGAAUGAAGAACGUGAGGAGCAGGAACGACUCAAGGCGGAAAGUAAGAAGAGAGAGGCUGAGUUGCAAAGCAAGAUGGAGCGCAAGAAGUUAAAAGAAGAGAUACGGAAGCGGGAAGAAGCUGAAAGAGAUGAACGUUUGAUGAGAUGGCUGAAGAUGCAGCUCUGGCGAGAGAACCGGUCGCCGGAGGACAAAGCAGAACGGAGAUUCCGUUUGAAGGUUGGACGGCGAAGUAGCAAGAAGGAGACGAGAUCAUCGGAGAAACGACGUUUACGAAAGAUGAUAGAAUGUGCGGGUGGUGGCAGUAGCUCGUCAAAAUUCGAGGAUGAGGAAUUGAAUGAUUUCCAAAAAAAAGCAGCCAAGGCGGAAUUGUGUGAGAAACGGAAGCGGGGUGAGGAUAUGGCAAUCAGCAAUAGCCCGCCAUUAACAACCCCCUCUAAAGAACGAAGGACUAAGGGGAAGAUUCCGGUGACCUCUGGUUCUUCCGGGAAGAAGGUGACGACAACGAGUGGGCGCUACAAGUUCCGGAUGCGAUCAUCACCAAAGAAGUCACCACCGAAGCAACCUCCAGCUCGGAACUCGCCGCUCAAGAAGCAAUCGCCUAAGAAGCUCGAAAAUAAGAGAUUCGACCCGAAGAUGAAGGGAGUGGUUGCAAGUUGCGGCCCGGGAGGGGAGGAGAGGUACGUGGAAGAUCUUCGUCGACAUACGAUGGACGCGAAUAUAGACGACCUCAAAGUGAUCUGCAAAGAUCUGAAGAUAAAGUAUCGGAAUCGCGAACAAGCGACUACAGCCAUCACCGAUCGUCGGCUUGCGGAAGCAUACGACGCGAAAUUUGCAGCCGCGUUGUCGGCGCGAAUACCCUUACAAGGGUAUCCGCCCUGGUUUUUGCAAGCGACAGGAAGGUUUGGUCAAGUUGGGUCUUUGAAGUGCCGGCGCGGAAAAACGCGGUGGUCACCCUCGCGCAUUCUAAAGGCCGUCCAAGUAGGAGGGGUGAGUGGGCGCGCAGUUUUAAGGCGCGCAUGUGAUUUUUGCCCCUCCGAUUAAUCAAAACGCCGAGCAUAAUUACCCGGUCGAUGGCUGUAUGUCGAUUAGACUAAGGAUUAGGAAGUUUCGGUUCCCAUUCACCGCGAUCG